UAUUAGACCCCUCAGAUGAUUAUGAUGUCUCCAUUUCAUAUAUCCACUGUCUUCUUCUUAAUCUCUCUCAUUCUCCAAUUAAUCCUGACCGUUCAUUCAUACAAUUCACCAUUGGAAGAUACUAGUACUCUACACGUAAAGCCGGGUUCAUCGUUCAAGAUAGCUAUUUUUGCUGACUUGCAUUUCGGAGAAGACACGUGGACUGAAUGGGGUCCACGUCAAGAUGUUAACUCCAGUAAAGUUAUGUCUACUGUACUCGAUCAAGAACACCCAGACUUCGUAGUUUAUCUAGGCGAUGUCGUUACAGCAAAUAACAUACCAAUACAAAAUGCAAGUUUAUAUUGGGAUCAAGCAAUCUCUCCGACCAAAAACAGGGGAAUUCCAUGGGCUAGCGUGUUCGGAAACCAUGAUGAUAUGCCAUUUGAGUGGCCAAUGGAUUGGUUUUCAUCCACCGGAAUUCCUCCACUUCAUUGUCCGGGAAAUGCUUCCUGCCCCGGUGAAUCUGAAGCGGGUAAAGGUUGCAGCUUCAAGGGCACAACGCGUUUGAAACUGAUGAUGAAUGAACUAAAGAUGAAUAAUUUAUCUUACUCGAAAUUUGGUCCUAAAGAUCUAUGGCCAAGUGUUUCGAACUAUGUCCUCAAACUUUCAUCUACGGAUGACCCUGAAUUGGUCAUAGCAUACAUGUAUUUCUUGGAUUCUGGUGGUGGUUCAUAUCCUGAGGUCAUAUCAAAUGCCCAAGCGGAAUGGUUCAACCACACAUCUCAAAAGAUUAAUCCUAACUCAAGGGUGCCUGAGAUAAUAUUUUGGCAUAUACCAAGCCAAGCUUAUAAGACGGUUGCUCCAAGAUUUUAUUCACAUAAGCACUGUAUUGGCUCAAUGUUCGUGGAGAAAGUCGCUGCUCAAGAAGCUGAAAUGGGGAUGAUGAAGCUUCUUGAACGAAGGUCUUCUGUGAAGGCUGUGUUUGUAGGUCAUAACCAUGGAUUGGACUGGUGUUGCCCAUACAAGAAUAUGUGGUUAUGUUAUGCUCGCCACUCAGGCUAUGGAGGUUAUGGAAACUGGCCGAGGGGAGCUAGGAUUCUGGAGAUAACUCAGCAACCAUUUUCUUUAAAGUCAUGGAUUCGAAUGGAAGGUGGUUAUGUGCACAGUGAAGUCUUAUUGAGCUCGUCUGCAAGAGAGGAGUGAUCAAUGGAGUUCUUCCCAGAGAUCAACCCAAAGCAAUGAAGUGCUGCUCGGUUUCUUAGAGAUCAAAUACAUCAAGGAGGUUCACAUCAUUCUAAAUUAGAGAAAAACACUGUGUCUGCCCUUGAAUUACAGAGAACUUUGAAGAGAUCGAUGAAUCGAGGGAAUAUAUGCACAAAGUUGUACUAACAAAUAUUCAUCAAUAAAAUUAUUUUUCGUCA